CUCCGCUUCCCUCCAGCUCUACGUCUACAUUCCUCCGACAGAUGCAUCGAAAGCUAUAGCCGAAUGGUACUGAAUUGCCGGUCGCGCACUCUAUCUUGGUAAUCAAGCUGCAUAUACAUCUCUGCCCUCGUGGUUCAUAAUGCCUUCACAAGUGGCGACAUGUCUGCGCUUCGCGCGGCAGUUUGCUACCGACCCCAGCAAGCACCAACGGUUCCUUGCCCGCGCCUUCUCCAGUAGCAUGCGCCGACCCGAAAUCAACAAGGUCGUUUCCUCUGCAGAUCUCGCCAUCAAGGAUAUGAAGUCAAACUCGACACUGCUGGCGGGCGGUUUUGGUCUUUCCGGUGUACCAGACACGCUAAUCAAUGCGGUGCGCGCUAACUCGUCCAUUACGGGGUUGACGGUCGUCAGCAACAACGCUGGUGUCGACGGAGCAGGUCUCGGUCUACUUCUUCAGUCUAAGCAGAUCAAGAAGAUGAUUGCCAGUUAUGUGGGAGAGAACAAGACCUUCGAACGCAUGUACUUGACGGGAGAGAUCGAGCUCGAGUUGACUCCUCAGGGUACCUUGGCUGAGCGUUGUCGGGCCGGUGGUGCGGGCAUCCCGGCUUUCUAUACACCUGCGGCCUGUGGAACGGUGGUGCAGACGGGCGAGCUGCCUUUGAAGCAUAAUGCGGAUGGGACUGUGGCUCUUUACAGCGAGCCGCGUGAUGUCAAGGUCUUUGAUAAGAAGAGCUAUGUCAUGGAGGAAGCAAUCAAGGGUGAUUAUGCUUUUGUCAAGGCCUGGAAGGCUGAUAAGCUUGGCAACUGCCAAUUCCGGUAUGCUGCGGCCAACUUCAACGGCGCCAUGGGCCGCAAUGCGAAGAUGACUAUCGUGGAGGCGGAGCACAUUGUUGAGCCGGGUGAGAUCGAGCCGGCCGCCAUUCACCUGCCGGGUAUCUAUGUUAAGCGGGUGAUCCAGAGCACGGCCCCGAAGAACAUUGAGAAGUACACCUUUGCGAAGGAAGAGGGCGAAGAGGCGGCGGCGCUGGGCAAGGGUGACACGGCCGCCAAGCGCGAGCGCAUCGUUCGCCGUGCGGCCAAGGAGUUCAAGAACGGGAUGUAUGCGAACUUGGGCAUUGGCAUGCCCAUGCUGGCGCCCAACUUUGUCGAUCCGUCCGUGGAAGUCAUGCUGCAGUCCGAGAACGGUAUCCUGGGUUUGGGCCCCUACCCUAAGAAGGGUCAAGAGGAUGCCGAUCUCAUCAAUGCCGGUAAGGAGACGGUUACGCUGCUGCCUGGUGCUGCUUGCUUCGGUAGCGAUGAAUCCUUCGGUAUGAUCCGUUCGGGACGUAUCGAUCUUACUAUUCUGGGCGCGAUGCAAGUUAGUGCCCGGGGUGACCUGGCCAACUGGAUGCUGCCCGGCAAGAUCAAGGGCUUUGGCGGAGCCAUGGACCUCGUUUCGAACCCCUCGGCAACCAAGGUGGUAGUGACGAUGGAGCACACGGAUAAGAAGGGCAACCCCAAGAUCGUGAAGCAAUGCGAGUUCCCCUUGACCGGCAAGACGUGCGUCAGCCGUAUCAUCACGGAGCUCUGCGUGUUCGACGUCGACUUCACCGACGGCCUAACGCUAGUUGAGCUGGCCGAUGGAGUGACCGUGGACGAGGUGAAGAGCAAGACUGAGGCGCCGUUCAAGGUUGCCGACGACGUCAAGCCCAUGCUGUGAUGUGUAAAGGGCUGUAAAUUUGAAGCUAUAUGAUCCCUGCAUUUUGUAUAUUUCGAGCGUUAUUGGAUGGAUGAUAUCCAAGCAAACCACAUGACUUGACUUCCCAUCAGAAGAACAUAAAAUUGAACAGAUACCAAUUUCGCCUGCUAUAUUA